AUGGAGAUUGGUUCUUCUUCAGUGAGGCCAGAGAGAAAGGUGGUGGAGAGGAACAGGAGAAUACACUUGAAACGUCUGUACUCCCAGCUCUACGCUCUCCUCCCUCAGCCACCACUCGCUACACGGGGGAGAAGAUCAGUACAAGUCCCUGAUCGACUGGACGCAUCAGUGAACUACAUAAAAUUUAUGCAACAGAGAAUAGAGAGCAUGAAGGAGAGGAAAACCCAUCUAUUAACCCAACUAAAAUCGAGCCAAAGUGAUCAUCGUUAG